UUCUUCAAACUACACCGAGGCUAAACAGCAGUUCGAAGGGAGUUGUAACAGAUGCCAGACCCUCAGUAAACUAAAUGCUAUUUUGCAGUUUACACACUCCUGGCGACUCCUAUGUUACUGUAGAUCACAUGAUAAUCCAAUAGAAAUUAAUGCUGAUAAUUUGGGUCUCUUUACCAACAACACUGAAUGCUUUGACCUCGCUCGACCUACAGUCGUGUAUACGUUUGGCUACAAGGGGGGUAUCCUGAACAAUGGAACAGUAUCAAUUCUGAAGGCUUACAUAUCUUUCCAAAAUAGGAACAUCUGUGCGUUAGACUGGACUGAACUUGCCAAUUUAGGCAUAGAUAUGAUCAGUUACCCAUAUGUCAGUCUGAAAGCUUUGGCAAUGGGAAGAGACUUUGGAGUGUUAAUAGUAAAGCUGUCAGAUGCUGGCAUGAACAUUGCUACGCUGCAACUUAUAGGAUUCUCUCUGGGCGCUCACGUGGUCGGUGAAACUGGUCGUCAGGUCAUAGAAAGCGGAAAGAUAAUUCCUCGCAUCACCGGUCUAGAUCCCGCUAAGCCGCUGUUUGACGGACCAAUCCCUUCACCACUUUACAAGCGUCUGGAACGGGGCUGUGCUGACUUCGUGGACAUCAUUCACUCUAACCCUAAGAAGUACGGCAUGGAGACAGCUACUGGAACUAUUGACUUCUACCCUAACUAUGGGGAGACUGUACAACCAGGAUGCCCAGAGGGAAACUUCAUGCCUUUUACUCCAGAAGAGCUGUGCAGCCACGACAGGUCCCGAGAACUGAUGAUCCAGGCUCUAUUCACGCCUUACGACUUGCAAGCCAGCGCUGCCCCAAACUACCCCACGUGGGUAAGGAACAAUGGCGCGCCCAUCAAUGUCACCACCAUCGGAGAUCUGAUUAACAAAGCGUUUUCUGGUUUAUAUUACUUAACCACUAACGCUCAGGUACCUUACGGAAAGGGCCCAGAAGGAUUGAAACCUUAA